UUUCCUUUCUCAUAUCCAUGCUCUAAUAAUCCAAAUUCUACACAUUAUUUCCAUUUCUAUUUCUAUUUACAUUUGUCUUAUCUUUUUUGUUUUGUUUGUUUCUUCGGUAAACAUGCCAAUUAUUGAGUUUGAGCCCAGUAUUUCUAGUAGUAGUGUCAUCGGUAGUCCAGCUUCAACCGUAACUAGACCUCAUGUUAAUACAAGAAUGGAGAACUCCACAGUUCAUGCCGAGCCACCAGGCUCGAGUACUACUCUCACCGAUCUUGCCUUAGAAGCGAGAGAUGGAAAUCAAAAUCGAUCGACGCCAUCUCAGCUGCCUUUCUUGCGCGAAUCUUUACGACCUAUCACACUCAAGUUUGAAGAUCUGGCUUACACUAUAAACUCGCAAUCUGGAGAAGAUCACUGUUUUACGUCUUCCGAGUCAAAGAGAACUCGGACUCUUCUAAGCGGAGUGAGCGGAGUAGUCCGGCCAGGGGAGUUAUUAGCCAUGCUCGGCCCAUCAGGCAGCGGAAAAACCACUUUACUAACUGCCCUUGGUGGUAGACUACCAGGAAAGAUAUCAGGCUGCAUAACAUAUAGCGGUCAGCCCUUUUCAAGCUCAGUCAAAAGAAAAAUCGGUUUCGUGACACAGGACGACGUUUUAUACCCACACUUAACAGUUUUAGAAACUUUAACAUAUGCUGCAAUGUUAAGGUUGCCCAAGAAUUUGACCCAUGAAGAAAAGGCAGAGCAAGCCGAGCUCAUUAUAAUUGAGCUCGGGCUAACUACUUGCCGUAACAGCAUUGUGGGUGGGCCACUAAUUCGUGGAGUUUCGGGAGGGGAAAGAAAACGGGUUAGUAUUGGGCAAGAAAUGCUUGUAAACCCGAGUCUUUUGCUUUUGGAUGAACCCACUUCAGGGCUAGACUCCACCACGGCCCUACGUUUAAUGGUCACACUGAAAGCGUUAGCUCAAGGAGGGAGAAGUGUGGUCACCACGAUCCAUCAACCAUCAAGUAGAUUAUAUUGGAUGUUUGAUAAGGUUGUCGUGUUAUCUGAUGGUUGCCCGAUUUAUAGUGGUCAUUCGGGCCGGGUUAUGGAGUAUCUUGCUUCCAUUGGGUUUGUGCCCGGGUUUAGUUUGAUGAACCCUGCAGAUUUUCUGCUUGAUCUUGCCAAUGGUGUGGCUCCUUGUACAAGCCCAAAUGAUCCUCAACAGUAUUAUCAAGGUAGACAGGAUUGCCAUGAAGAUCCUAACUCAAUCAAACAGUUUCUAAUAUCAUCGUACAAGAAAACUCUUCACCUUCGAAUUAAAGACGAUAUCCAUAGAGAUAUCCAUGACCCGAGUCGUGCCAUUAAAGGAUCACAAUCUUCUAGAUGUUGUGAAAAAAGUUGGACCACAAGUUGGUGGACACAAUUUAAAGUGUUGUUCAAAAGAGGUCUUAGGGAAAGGAGGCACGAAUCGUACUCAGGUUUACGAAUCUUCCAAGUGAUGUCUGUCUCAAUCUUAUCGGGUCUUCUAUGGUGGCAUUCUGAUACAUCUCACUUGCAAGAUCAGGUGGGACUUUUGUUCUUUUUUUCGAUAUUUUGGGGAUUUUAUCCACUUUCCAACGCCAUAUUCACAUUCCCUCAAGAGCGCCCAAUGCUAAUAAGAGAACGGUCUUCAGCAAUGUACCGUCUUUCCUCUUAUUACUUUGCUAGAAUGGCAGGGGACUUGCCGAUGGAAUUAGUGCUGCCGACAAUCUUUGUAACCAUUUCAUAUUGGAUGGGUGGUCUCAAGCCUUCACUCAUCACAUUCGUGCUAACAGUUCUAAUCAUUCUUUUUAACGUGCUGGUCUCACAAGGACUCGGACUAGCCCUUGGAGCCAUACUUAUGGACCUGAAACAAGCUACAACCUUAUCGUCGGUGAUCAUGCUAGUGUUUUUACUAGCUGGUGGUUACUAUAUUCAACAAAUUCCACCAUUCAUCAGUUGGUUGAAGUACAUAUCGUUUAGCCAUUAUUGUUAUAAGCUUUUAGUUGAAGUACAAUACAGCGAAAAUGAGGUCUACGAGUGUGGGAUAGGUGUUCAAUGUAGGGUAUUGGAUUUUCCGGGGAUCAAGUAUCUUGAUAUGGGUCACUUGUGGUGGGAUGUGGUGGCUCUUGGUGUAAUGUUGGUGGGCUAUCGGCUUCUGGCUUAUGUUGCAUUGAGAAUGAGCAAAUCUCACUAAUCCGGCCUUUAAUUCCACUAGUUUAAGUGACAAAUAAGCCCGAAAAGUAAUUAAGAGAAAAAAGAUUUAUAAUAGCAGAUGAACAUGAUGCCUAUAGUUGUUAGGAAUAAUUGACUUUACUUGUAAUUGUAUAUUGCUGCAAUUUUAACAGCACCUUUGUACCGCUUUAUAUUCAGUUCAUUUAAAUUAUCGUUCUUACA